GCCUCAGUGUCACCUGUGCGUGAAAUGAACACCUGUCGCCCGGUGGUUUGAAUAGAAACGCGGGUCGUAUUUCGGGUACUUUGGAGGCCCCCGCGGUACAGGCACCGGACCAGGGCCCCGCGGGUCGGACCGAGAGGAGCGGACCGAGGAUGCGCCUUUUAACCGCGUGAGAACAGGAAGUCUCUCCGCGAGCCGAACCGACCGACAGAUUGAACAUGCUGCAGGUUGCCUGAGUGACAGAUAUGGGGUCAGCAAGAUCACACUUGAAGGCUUUCACAGUGGUUGUGCUUCUUUGCCUAUUUCCAGCGACCAAAGGAGGAGCGAGGCCGGAUGUGCGUGGACGGGUUGGAGGUGCGGUUGAGUUGGACUGUAGUUUUCCUCUCCCAGAGGCGACCAGUGUGACCCCCGCCUCCCUGCAUGUGGUUGAAUGGGUCCGACGGGGACUCGAUAUCCCCGUCUUGAUCAAAUUCGGGUCCUACGCGCCUCGCCUCCACCCACAAUACGAGGGCCGGGUGUCCCUGGUUCGGGUCACCGACCUCAGGCUGGAGAACCUGCAGCUGGAGGAUGGGGGCUUGUACGAGUGUCGAAUCCUCUUAUUGGACGAACCCACGGACGAGCUGCAGAACGGCACUCGGGUUGUGCUUUCUGUAACCGCCACACCCACCUUCACUGAAUCCCCGCCUCCUGUGAUGGAGGCUCUGGUUGGAAGUUCCAUCUCUCUUGCCUGUGUUGCUAUUGGCAACCCUACCCCAACCAUCACUUGGCUUAAAGAUGGAAGUGUGAUUCCAAGAAUAAAUUAUCAGGGCGGAGGCUUGUCUCUGCGAGCAGUGAGCAUGCAGUCAGCAGGACAGUACACCUGCCACGCCUCCAACUCGGAGGGAAACGUGACUCGCGUGACCAACGUGAAGAUCAAAGGUCCACCGGUUAUUGUCAUCCCACCGACAAGCCUCUCUCUCAACAAGUCCCAGAAUGCACUUCUCCAAUGCCAAGCGGUGGCCGACCCCCCCAACAUGACCUAUGUGUGGCAGCGAGGAGGCGAGAACGUCCACCACAUUGAAUCUCUGAAGUCGCGGGUGAAGAUCAUGGUAGAUGGAACUCUCCUCAUCUCCAAUCUCAUCCCAGAGGAUUCUGGGAACUACACAUGCAUGCCGACCAAUGGCCUGCCGAACCCGCCGACGGCCUCUGCCAACCUCACAGUGAUGCACCCGGCGCUGGCUCUCCCGAUGCCGCGGCAGACGUACCUCCCCACGGGCAUGGAGGGCGUGGUCACCUGCCCAGCGGCCGCUCGGCCCCCGCUGCUCCGGGUGGAUUGGACCAAGGAUGGAGAACCACUCGACCUGUCCUUGUAUCCAGGAUGGACCUUGACACCCCAGGGCUCUUUGUUCAUGACCACAGUCAAUGAUGAUACAGCAGGCGUGUACUUGUGCACCCCCUACAACAGCUACGGCACCAUGGGUUCAUCCGAGCCAACGGACGUCAUUCUACAGGACCCCCCAUCGUUGAGCGUCGCUCCAGAGGAGCAGUACAGACAGGAAGCUGGCAGAACUCUGCUCAUCCCCUGUCAAGGGAACAAGGACCCCACAAUUAAAGUGACCUGGAGCAAGGUCGACUUGGCUCGUCGCACUUCUUACUCCGUGGAACCCAAUGGUUCUCUCCUCCUGCAGCCUGUCACGAAGGACCAUCAAGGGUCGUGGGAGUGCAGCGCCACUAACCGCGUAGCCUCUGUGAAAGCCAGCACUAAAGUCUUUGUCCUGGGAACAAGUCCCCAUGCGGCUACCUCUAUGUCCGUCUCUCCGGGGGUGAGGCAGGCCAACGUUUCCUGGGAAGCAGGCUUUGAUGGAGGAUCAGCACAGACAUUUUCAGUUUGGGUGAAGAAGACUUCAGCUGGUGAUAAUGAUGGAAGGCAGGACUGGUUCUCCAUCCCCGUGCCCCCCUCCUCCGGCUGCAGCCUGCAGGUGAAGGGCCUGUCUCCUGCCACCGAGUACCAAUUCAGCAUCCUGUCUCACAACAAGAUGGGCACCGGGCCCUUCAGCGAGAUCACCGCGGCACGCACCUCGGAUCCUCCGGCGAGGAGAAGCAAACUCAAACCCCCUGCGUCGCUGUCGGCUGAUCCGGGCUCAGCAGGUGUUGUCCUGCAGUGGUCCCUCCCUGAGGCUCAGCACCCUCCCAUCUCAGGCUUUGUUGUCCAAUCCCGCACCGAGCAAGGGGAGUGGUUUACUUUGGACGAUGACAUCAGUGCCAACCGUAGCGAGAUAGUCGUUCCGGGUCUUCACAAGGACUGUGUGUACGAGCUGCGGCUGCUAUCUCGUCGCGGGGAGUUGCUGAGCGAGCCCAGUCCAUCAGUCAAUGUCUCCACCAUGGGCAUGGAGAUCUAUCCCGCCACAUCCCGCCUCCUGGAGCGGGUCCCGCAGCCAUUCCUGGCCGGCGUGCUGGGCGGGAUCGGCUUCAUGUGCUCCGCACUGGUCCUGCUGCUGGGAUCCGCCUGUAUCAUCAGCCGCAAGAGAGACAAGCGUCGCAGGAAGAAGACGCGAGAGCCCCUCUCUGUCAUCUAUAAAUGCUCCCCAUCAAUAAGGACUUCCGGCACUGGCAGUCCAGACAGUGUGUUGAAGACGAGCCUACUUCCAGCCAGCAUCCUUUAUCCCACCACUUCCUCCACCACCACCUCCUCAUCCUCACAGACAGACGGUUCCUCCUUUAGCGCCGACAGUCACCGCCGGCGAAAGCAACUCCCGACCUCCUACAGCGGCGGCCGCCUUACGAGGACCACUUCUUCACCGAUUCCCUCCCAAAUCGAGUUGAUCUCCAGAAGCCCGGACGGGCGCUUUGAACUACUACCGUUUUACCACGACGCGCAAAGUGUUCCCAUCAAGCAGAGUGGAAGGUACGACCAAGCUCGUGUCCGAAGGUCUGUGUCAGUGCGCGGCGAUGGGGAAAAGGGGGCGCAGCCGGCCUUUGUGCUCUCUGUUGAUCUCCCACCUUGCAGAGCAGCGGAGGUUGAUUCCACAAAGCAAAGAGUUGGCAGGCCCCAAAGCUUGUCCCAUCAUGGCCCUUACAUCUCAGAUCAGGAGGCCAGCUACGUCGGCUUUCCCGACUUCACCACCAUGGGCUCAAACAGUAGUAUGGUCACCGUACCUUAUGAAGACAGAAGGAUAACUCCCACCUUUCCAGUGCUCCCACACAUCCGGGCCGGUAUUGGUCAACCGUCCACCACGGCCAGUUCUCUGGUGCUGCAGAUGGAGCACGAGCGGGAGAGAGGAAACCUCAGUCGCUGCUUGAAUCUAGCUCGUGAGAGAGAGGGGCUGGAGAGGGAGCUCCAGAGGUACACUCUUGAGAGGGGCCCCAUGAGAAAAACGAGGGAGCAUUCCGACCUGGAGAGCAUUGAGGCUGGUGGUAAGGAGCCUGUGUGGGAAUAUAAAAGCAGCACAUUGCCCCACAGAUACCCCCUGGGCAGCAAAGACAGCUUUGGUCAGUCACAGAGCGCUUCCUCUGCAUCUCUGCAUUGGGAUGUCCGCCCACCUCUGACUCUGAUCCCGCCCCGGACCUGUUUCAGUGCUUCUUCACCCAUGAGUACUUCUUCUUUUAAGUCUGGCGACCUUCAUCCCGCUCCAUCCUUUGCUGAACAGACCCCACUCCUAUCUCAGGAGGAAGGCACAUUUUCCAGAGGCAGAUUAACUCACCCACAUCUCUCCUCAAAGUACCAGAGACAUGAAAGGGUAGAGGCGGCCUCGCGGGGCUAUAAUAAUUCACCUCAAUCCACAGUCUUAGCAAUGCAAACGAAUGAUUCAUGCUCUGGGACCCGAACACAGAACAAUCUCAGUCAUGGCAGCCUUUCAACGUUGUUUUACCAUAACAGCAAAUACACAGAGGGACCGAAUUGGGCUGCCGGUGGAGUGCCAGACUCCGCAAAAGCGGAGGUAGAGUUCCGCCAGCCCACUAAUGAAGACGCGUGUGUCGAGAUGAGUGUGGAUGAGCCAGAGUUGGAGGCGUGCGAGGUACGGCCUGCCAAGCUCAUGCUGCACGACAGAAUCGCCUGGCAUGUGCAACAUGGGCGCUCGUUGACUCGCAGAGGCCACGGCGGAGACACCAGCAGGAGCACGAGCCUUCGCCGCGGCGGUCCUGCUUCUGUGGAUGAUCUCGUCGGGAUCCCAGCUGCUUCAAAUGCUCCCGAACCACAACUCCGGAGAGCUGGGACCCGUGGCUCGAAAGCCUGGGACUCCAAGCAGCGUAGCCAGAGCCUUGACUCACGGAGGCGGAAGGAAAGCACUUUCCUGCCUCCAGAUGCGUGGAUCGACUCCCUGAGCCAAGAUAACUGCUCUGUUGCGUCUGCAGGUCAUCCAGACACUCUGUUCUGUGAACCCCAGAGCUCUCUGAAGAGGAAGAUCUCCAAAUCUCCAGUAAAUUCUGCUUCUGCUACACAAGUUGGCACUUGGUCAACUCCCGCUGUGGAUGCUUUAUCUCCGAGGAGCAGACCAGAAAGGCCCAUACCAAAAGCAAAGAUGCCGUGCCACUUCGAGCCAAGAGGGGAGGCGUUUCUCUUUCCCAAUUCUGCCAAAUGGGCAAUAGACUACAGAGAGGCAAUGAAAAAGUCAGAAGAUUCCUCGGAUGGCAUGCAAAAAGCCUCCGGAUGCUUACUGCCCGACGACUAUUACCAAGUGGAGGCAGAGGUGGAGUCUGGGGGUUACGAGGUGCCAGAGUCAGGGAGCAGCUACAGCAGCUAUGCCAGCAGCGGUCGUGGAAGCAUGGAGCCCGCCGGCGGACGCUUGUCCCUCUGUUACCUUUCGCCAACCCUCCCCUGCUCACCUGAGACCGUAGAGGAGGGCCAGGAUGGCUCCGAGGACCAGCACAGUCACCGAAUGGAGCUAAGCCAAAGGAGAAAAGCCUCAGUUGAUGAGAAUUAUGAGUGGGAUGAAGAUGAUUUCGGCUCACAGCUUGGAGACCAUGACGACCUGCCUCCUUCACGGAACCCUCUAAAGCCGACUCCAUGCCGCACCCUCCCCAGAAUGCAACGCUCCACUAAGGCACAGAAAGAUUGCGCUGAUCGCUCGGUGCUCCUGGGGCAUCAAAGCGGCCGCUCCGCUGAGUCACAACCAAACACCGUGCUGUUCUGACAGCGCCGGCCUUUGGCUCAUGUCACCCGGUGUGUCGUCUCACUUAUUGACUGGCAUGAAGUGAGCUUUUUGUCUGAAUCAAUCUAAUUCCCCGUUUUUUCAAACCAAGAAAAAGGACGUCUGGUAAGGCGAGUCUCCUGCUAGGUCUCCUUUAUAAAUUUCACCUGGGAAAAUAAUGGUUUUCAACAAUAAUGAUCUUUGUGAAAGAAAGGAAACACAUAUAAUCACCGUUACCCUGCUGCAGAGCUUUAAAAGGUUGCUUUGCUUUGUUACCCAUCGCCAUCACGCUCUUGGCAUUUUCUUUUGAGAAGAGUUUGCCAAUUUGCCAAUUCACUGCGAUAAUGGCUUCACCAGGUCCUCUGUGUGUGUCUUUGGAGAUGCAUUCAUCAUCCAGAGAUGACUCAUUGGCCACACAGGGGGAACAACCAUCACAGUCAUUAUCAAGUGACUGGUUUGCAUUGGAGAUGGUGCACUUUUUCUAUAUCAUCAAUCACUUUUGAGUUCAACAUUAUGUUGAUAAAAAGCCAAUAAAUAAGCAACAUAGAGAGAAUAUAAAAACGCUAUAUUGCUAAUGAGCUCAUAUGUUGAUGUAGUGCUAAACUGCUUCCAAAAAGGUAACUUCCCAACAGGGUUCAUUAUUUUUCCAUUGAAAUACUUGGUAUCUAACAAUCUAAAAGCUUUAGCUUAGAACUCUAAUUAAGUUUGUUAAUGAAAGAGGGUGAAGCAAUACUUGUAGGAUUUAUUUUCUAUCAACAUAAAGGGAAAUUGGCUUUGGGGUUUUUUCUUUUCACUUCAAUUUACCAAAGAUCAAUUCGUUUAAAUACUCCCUGCAGCACAGUAGUAUGCCGGCACAGUUGUUAUCUGUGGCACUCUGCAGAUAUAAAUGGGGUUCUGCUGCGUGGCGCCGGUUAAGUGGUUAAUGCCUUGUUGCACGGCAGGUCAACGUCAUGUACUGCAAUACUUUCAGAUGACAAACUGGCAAUUUGUCAUACGAAACGACGGCAAUUUCAUUUGAAUGGCCAUUUAUAAAGUUUCAGAACCCAUUUACCUAAUUUCAGGGGAACCGUUUGUUCAGCAGAGAGUAAACCGUUGUCUUUCCCGGCCCAAACUCGCCCCCCACGCACCGCAAACCUGCCGAGGGAAUGAGAGAAACCCGCUGAUGCCUCGUGAUACUUUCUUCCUAAACAAUGGAAGAAAGGGGCUUCAGUCCUCUGCUCCAGCUCAAGGCCUUUGCAUUAGUCAACCAAAUAAUGAACUCACAGCGGCACAGCCUACCAGAGCAUUGUGGGGUAUCAUUCCCAUAAUUGAAAUUCACUCAUACAGGCUACAUUCACAGCAAAUCAAUGUUUCACUUCCGUAGGACAUUUUCAUUUUCUCGUGCGCACACAUUGUCCCUCCGGCCCGUGAAUGAUCAAACCCCAUGCACUGCUCCGGGGACAUGCAGUCAGCAAGUUUUUCCCCUUUAAAAAAAAAAAAAAUUCUUUUUCGUAUACUCAAUAUGUUCCUUUUCAAGAAAUAAUGUUGCCUGUUUCUUACUUUCAGGGCUUUUUUAGUGGAAACUACUGCAUGCUGUGAAUUGAGUAAUCUGAAGGAUUCCAUCACAAAACAUUCUGAAAGAAAAUGUACACACACACACACACACACACACACACAAACACAUAGAAAAACCUCUGGCUGUACAGUAAUGUGGAUACACUGUAUCCCAGAG